UUUCAUACCCCCUUAUUUUGAGAAUUCUCAUUAACCUCCCCAAUUAACAUUGACUCCAUGAGGGCUAUUUUGGAAGAACACGAAACGUCAGGAGGUCCAUGAAAUUAACCAAAAAAUUAAAAUUAAUGAAACAGAAACAAACGCGCAAAGUCGUUAUCUCAACGCAGCGGUUUUACGGUUCACACCAACAGCCCCUUUGAAACGGUUAAACUCCAUCUUCUUAUUUACAAGCCAACAUAAAUUAAGAAAAAACAGAUAAAAUUUAACCUCAUUCAUUCAUUUCUUCUUUCGUUUCUUUGCCAUUUUUGUUUCUUUUUUCUUUUUUGUUUUUCAUGUCAAUGGACUUCAUGAUGAACUCUACUUCUACUUCCAUGAACAAGUCGAACAAAAACAAUCGCAUUAAGGGCUCUUGGAGUCCACAAGAAGACGCAAAUUUGAUCAAGCUGGUCGAGCAUCACGGUCCCCGGAACUGGUCCCUGAUAAGCUCAGGGAUACCUGGACGUUCGGGGAAAUCUUGUCGGUUACGGUGGUGCAAUCAGCUGAGUCCCAUGGUGCAGCAUCGUCCGUUUACACCCGCGGAGGACUCCAUCAUUAUCCGAGCACAUCGUGUACAUGGCAAUAAGUGGGCUACCAUCUCGCGCUUGUUGCCAGGUCGAACGGACAAUGCAAUUAAGAAUCACUGGAACUCGACUCUGCGUCGGAAGAGGCUGAGUGAGUUUUCGUCGGAGUCAAACUCGGUGAUGAAGCGUGGGGCGAGUGUGGAGAAUUCGGUGGCAUCAGAUUCUGACUCGGGGGUGGCGAAGAAACAAUGUGUGACUGUUUCCAAGGAGCCUUAUGAUUAUGACGAUGUGGGGCCGGAAACGUUGUUAAAAUUGUCGCCACCGGGGGAGAGUGUGGUGUUGGGAGCUGGCGGAGAAAAAGUGGAAGAAAUUAACAAGGAGGGCGGUGAAGAAGUGGUGAACAAUGUAAACAAGUAUGUGGAGGAGGAAGAGUCGUCUUGUUUGCUGAGCAUCAUCCAGCAUAUGAUAGCUGAAGAAGUGAGGAGUUACAUUGAUAGAUUACGGGUUGAAGGAUCCCAGCCAGCCAUGUUAAAAGAUCCAUAAAAUCGCUUGGAAAUUUUAGGUUGCACAUCUGUUGCUUCUUUGGACUGCUCUUUUCUUGACAACCAAAUUUUCAGUAUUACUUUCUAGUUAUUAUAUGGAGUCGAAAAUUAAUGGAGAUUUUAGUACCGUCUAGCUUUUAGAUUCGUCUUUCCCCUUUAGUAAAGAGAGGAAAUCUGUCAUAGUUACCCAAAUUGAAGCACUUGGGAACGUAUAAAAUUCUCUUUUAUCUUUGUUACAAAGAAUAAAGUGACCAUCCUAAAAUGCAUUAUGUGCAGGUACAACUAUUAAUACUUGUUUAUCAAC